GGUAAACAAACAUGGCAGCACACCGGUAAGUUUUCAGUGUCUUCAGCACCUUCUGAAGGAUGAAUGAUGGACCUCGUCUCUCCUCUACAGCCUCUCCUGUCGACCUCUGAGACAAUGGAUUGUACCUGAGGACGAGCAGCUUGGAUAAACUCUGAGAUCAUCGACGGACUGGAGGCCAUCUUGGAGAGGCCGACAGCCCUCCAGCAGCAGCAGCAGCAGCUCCAGCAGGGGACCUCCUGAUACCUCCUCACUCCCCGGCUGCAGCGCCCCCUGCUGGUCAGCAUGGAUCCCAGCGCAGGACGGCUGCCGCUCCAGGUGCUGGGAGAGAACGAGGCGCUGCAGCAGUUCUUCAGUGGUCAGGAUGUGAGCGGUGUGUUGGACAGUUCUGUCGCAGUGGACACGAGCAUCCUGGAGCAGUACUUCAGCAAUGACAUGGACCCCAACAGCUUCAUGCUCCCUGAGUCUCCUCCUGACUCAAGCUCGGAGGCCUGUUCACCUCCACAGAUACCAGACUUGCACUACGAGGCGCCCUAUUGGUCCAACCAGCAGAACACCCAGGAAGUGUUCCAGCCAACACAGCGGUCUGCCCCCUCAUCGUCCUGUCGCUUUAAGAAUCGAGGCCCCGUCCCCGCCCACAAUGAGCUGCUGACCCACGAACAGCUCCACAGUUUGGGCCUCACAAACACUUACAUCACGUCUGGGACCUCACCUGCCCCACCCCCUCCACCUGCCCCCUUGCACCAGCACACACACCAUCUACCUGAACACACACACUACCUGAGUCCAGAGAGCUGCUUGCAAGCUUACACCCCGCCCACACCUCCUUCCCCACCAGUGCCCCCCUCAAACAGCUACGCCACACCCUGCACUGUUCCAGGUGUGGUCCCACAUGUAUCCACGCCCCCUUCAACCUGUCAGAUGGGCUCCGCCUCCACGCUACACAUCUGCUCCUCAGAGAGUAAAAAGAGGAGGAGAUGUGAGUCUGAGUCUGAGGAGCCAUCAACAGGAAUCAAGGCUUCCUGCAAUGAAUGUGACGCAACUCAAGGCGGCAGUGUAGGAAACGGUGUAGGUGGUUUGGGAUCCUACCAGCUGCUGACUUGGGAACAGUACAGACCAGAACAUUGGAGCACUUUGUACGACAGCAGCUACCAGACAAUGUCUCCUCCUGCCUACCACGUCGACACAGAUAAAGGCUUCAACUACUCUGCAGCUGACGAGGCCUUCGUCUGCCAGAAGAAGAACCACUUCCAGGUCACCGUUCAUAUCGGCGUGGCUGCAGAGCCACAAUACGUCAGAACGUUAAGUGGGCCGCAGCAGGUCGACCACUUCCUGAUAAAAGUGUUUGGGAUCAAGCUGGAGUCUCCGAGCCACCAGGUGACCAUUGAGCAGUCUCAGCCCGACCGCAGCAAGAAGCCCUUCCACCCUGUCAGGAUCAGUCUGCCCAGCGGCAAAAUCACCAAGGUAACGCUCGGACGACUGCACUUCAGCGAGACGACAUCCAACAACAUGAGGAAGAAAGGCAAACCCAACCCUGACCAGAGAUAUUUUCAGAUGGUGGUUGGUCUGUAUGCUGCGGUGGGAGGAGACGAGACGUUCCUCCUCACAGCUCUGGUGUCGGAGAGAAUCAUCGUCAGGGCCUCUAACCCUGGUCAGUUUGAGACGGACGGCGAUGCCCUGUGGCAGCGUGGGGCGAUGCAGGACGCCGUGGUCUGUCAGGGACGAGUAGGCAUCAACACCGACUCCCCUGAUGAGGCGUUAGUGGUCUGUGGUAACGCCAAGGUGAUGGGCGCCGUCAUGCAGCCAUCAGACCGCCGUGCCAAAGAGAACAUCCAGGAGGUUGACUCUGAGCAGCAGCUGAAGAGAAUCACUCAGAUGAGAUUAGUUGAGUUUGAUUAUAAACCAGAGUUUGCCUCCGUCAUGGGAAUAGACCACACCCACCAGACAGGUGUAAUAGCUCAGGAGGUGAAGGAGCUGCUGCCAUCAGCCGUGAAGGAGGUCGGAGACGUUUCCUGUUCUGACGGAGAGACGAUUGAAAACUUCCUCAUGGUGGACAAAGAGCAGAUCUUCAUGGAGAACGUUGGGGCGGUGCAGCAGCUGUCGAAGCUCACCGACAACCUGGACACUCGAAUCAAAGAGCUGGAGGUCUGGAGCCGCCGACUGGCCAAGCUGAAGAGUCUGACCGGCAGCCUGCGCUCCACUGGGAUACCCAGGAAAGCCAGCAGUGUGUCAAUGACACCGGGUCCUGACACAUGUAAGACUGGGAAGGUUCAGAAGGAAGGCUGGAGUCAGAAGUACAGCAGCUGUCUGCAGCAUAAAGUCUUCCAGGCCAGCGUCUUCACCCUGCUGGCCACCAUGGCUUUCUGCGUCAUCUCUAUCACUGCUCUCUACCUGCUGAAUUUGAGGGAGGACGACUAUAACAUCUUUCCCGGCAUCAGUAACGGCAGCGUGGUUCCUCCGCAGACGACAGCCUGGAGCAGCACAGUCCAACCGUCCACUCCUCCCGGCCCUUGGCCACCAGACAUGGACUUCUGCGACCUGCUGUACUGUGAACAGGUGUACUGCUGCACUCCACCAGCAGGGGGCAGCACUGACUCUAAUAUCACCUCCACUGAAUCACCUGCAGAGGAAAAUUCUGAUAUUGCAGAGGAAAGAAGAGAAAAACUUUACCAGAAGCUGAAAAAUGCCCAAGACUGGACGAACACGACUUUACAGUCUUUAAUGAUCAAAGAGAACCAGCAGGUGAUCGACAGCAAAUACUGUCUAAGAGACGAAUGUGGGCCAGGUAGAUACACCUUCAGAGUUCCCAUCAGCCAGUUUGUCCCAGACAACAUGAGAGUCACCCUGGUCAUGAACUCCACAGAGGUGCUGGUGGUUCAUCUGUGCAGCCUUGAUGAGUCAACGGCCUGCUCUGCUAUGCUGGAUAUAGACACUGUCACUGGAAGCAGAUACCCAUCAAACACACAGGGAGAACAUGAGUGGCCUCUUCAUGUCGCUCGUCUUUAUCACAGCUCAUAUCACUUUCGCUCCACAGUGGCUGGUCAAGCAGACUGCAGUACUGACUAUUACUAUGCGGGGGCGCGCUUCACUGACUACUACUUCCAUUUCUACAGACGCUGCACACACACAUAGACAAACAAUUAAAGAUAAAAUUACCAAAACAUUAAACUAUUAAAUGCAAAUAUGUUAAAUAUUUGCUUUUUUUAACACAAAGGUGACAAUCAGAAAAACUGAAACAGAAUUUCACCAAUUCUGCUUUUGUGUUGUUGUUUUUUUAUUGUGACAUUAGUCACUUUUGUGGAUAGAUUGUUCUGUGUGAUUGGAAAAAAAGGUUGCUCAGAUAAGACACACUAUAUAUAUAUAUACUAUAUCUCCCAUUAUGUUCUUCUGUUUACUGCCUUUUCUUCUUAUGUCUUACCUGCUUUGUAAGAAAGUGAUUCUGAACCCGGGGGUCAGGACUCAAAAUGUGUCGCAAGAUAAGUGUGUUGGGGGGAGGGGCGGGAUGAUCAUUGUUAUAAGAAAAAAACAUGUUUGCUUUCUGUGUUUUCUGGCUUUUCUUAAAUAUUGUGUCUUAAAUAUCAUGUCUCAAUAUUGACCUUUUUUUUCUCAUGAAAUGCUGGAAACGUUUUUAGGCCUGUGAAAAUGAAAAGAAAAUAUUUCUGUCUGCUUGUCACAAGGGGUCACAGGCAGGCGAUGCUUUAAAAUGUCUAGACUUAAACUGAGUAAGUUUGAAAAAUGACUAGAAUUAAGUAGUUUUCUGUUUUGGUUUUAGUCAUUAUCAUGAAGUUUAUUUCUUGGAAAGUACUGAUCUCAUUCUGAUGGAUUACACCUGUGUAAAUCCCAAAUUCCUGAGCAAGAAUUCUGAAAAUAAAGCCUGAAGUUUGAUCUGAGAAAUUUUGUUGCUGGUACUUAAGUUCUAGUCUCAAAGAACAAAACCCAGAGAAGACUUUCUUCUAAAUUGGGAAAUAGAAAAAGCAUACUUUUAUUUAAGACUCAAGAAAAAGCGGUUGUUAAAAAGCAAAAUAUUAAAACAAACAAGAUCUAAAGUUACUUAUUAAAAGAAAUAUUGAUUAAGUUACUUCUGAGUGUAAAACUGUCGAUGUGAAUCUUUUCUAUGAGCUGAACUGAACGUAACUGAAUCCUGAACUCUUUGCUUUAUGGGAAAUAAAAAAAUAAUAAGAUAUGUUUAAAAAUUUCAUUGCAUCUGUGUUGACAUUUUACAUUUUUGCCGUGUGAGGACCAGAGGGUCCAGUUGACCUUACGGGGACUUUCAUUGACAAAGCUUAUCCCCC